AAUCUAGCGUGUAUCCAAAUCCAACUUUCAAAAAAACAUUAUCCUAUCUGGUAUCUACAUGUCCCAUAAUCUGAUACGCUUUCUCUGGCUAGAGUUCUCUUCCAGAUCUCAUGGAUGAGAUUCAAAUCGUCCCCUCUAAUCAACUGCUUACAAAAUAUUCCCAUCCUCAACAAUCAAACUAAAGAGAGGUUUCAAACCAUGUAAAAGAAGAGGAGUUCAUUUCCAUUCUCUUCUUUAUUUUGGUCAAGCGUUCCUUUUGAGUUCAACAGAGUCAUAGCAUCAGUGUAACAACUGAGAUCACUUUCUUGCCCAAUUUAGCUAUACUCAUCUCUCCAAUUCAUCAAAGCAUUGCAGCCUUGCUUUCCUGGUUCAAUUUCUUUCACUUUUCUAUUUGUUGUUUCUUUUGUUCAGUUUCACUUUAAAGUUGAUGUCAAAUAACAUGAUGGAUUUCAUAUUGCUCUAUAUUUAGUUUGCCUAUGCUAAAUUUAGAAAUUCUAGAUUAAUUGGUAUAUCAUGGUGUAGAUGACAUGAUGAUCAGGACACCUGUCCUCCAUCAAACCCAUUUGUUGGUGCCACAGGAAGAUCACCCACAAACCCUAAAAUUUGACUUUAGGCUGAAAGAACAAGAAUGUGUCUCCCUUGUAAAGAAAUGCAAGACCAUAGAAGAAUUUAGGCAAGUACAUGGCCAAAUCCUCAAGUUGGGGUUAUUUGGGAACUCUUUCUGUUCCAGCAAUCUUGUUACAACUUGUGCUCUCUCGGAUUGGGCCAGCAUGGAGUAUGCAAGCUCAAUCUACCGUCAAAUCGAUGAACCCUGUUCAUUCAUAUUCAAUAUUAUGAUCAGAGGGCAUGUCAAGAGUAUGAACCUAGAGGAAGCCCUCUUUGUGUAUGAUGAUAUGCUUGAUAGAGGGGUUGAACCGGAUAAUUUCACGUAUCCGGCUCUUCUGAAGGCGUGUGCGCUUAUACCAGCACUUCAGGAAGGAAUGCAAAUUCAUGGGCAUGUAUUCAAGCUAGGACUUGUAGAUGAUGAAUUUGUGAAGAAUAGUUUGAUCAGCAUGUAUGGUAAGUGUGGGAAGGUGAGGAACUCUUGUGCGGUUUUUGAGCAGAUGGAUCAGAGGAGUAUUGCUUCUUGGAGUGCACUUAUUGCAGCUCAUGCUGGUAGGGGCAUGUGGUCUGAGUGCCUUAGGCUCUUUGGUGACAUGAGUAGUGAAGGAUGUAGGAAGGCUGAGGAGAGUAUAUUAGUCAGUGUGCUCUCUGCAUGUACACAUUUGGGUGCCCUUGAUUUAGGAAGAUGCACACAUGGGUCCUUAUUAAGGAACAUGAGUGGUCUCAAUGUUAUAGUAGAGACUUCCUUGAUAGACAUGUAUUUAAAAUGUGGAUCUCUAGAAAAAGGGCUUUGCCUUUUCCAAAGGAUGGCCAAGAAGAACCAAUUGUCCCGCAGUGUCAUUAUCUCAGGCCUCGCCAUGCAUGGACGAGGUCUGGAAGCUCUAAAGGUCUUCUCAGAAAUGCUGGAAGAGGGGUUCAAACCAGACGAUGUCAUUUAUGUAGGUGUGUUGAGUGCUUGCAGUCGAGCAGGCCUUGUUGAGGAGGGUCUCCAAUGUUUUGAAAGAAUGAAAAUUGAGCAUGGGAUAGAACCAACAAUGCAACAUUACGGGUGCAUGGUAGAUCUCAUGGCCCGAGCUGAUAUGCUGGAUAGAGCUUUCAAGCUUAUCAACAGCAUGCCAAUGGAGCCAAAUGAUGUUUUGUGGCGCUGUCUUCUCAGCGCUUGCAAGGUUCAUCAUGACAUAGAAUUAGGGGAGAUUGCAGCAAAAAAACUAUUCCAGUUAAACUCAGAUACUGCUAGUGACUAUGUAGUUUUAUCAAAUAUGUAUGCGAAAGCUCAAAAGUGGCAUGAUGUGGCUUUGACUCGGACCAAAAUGGUUCAUAAGGGAUUGACCCAAGUGGUUGGAUUUAGCUUGGUAGAGGUGAAGAGGAAGGUCUAUAAAUUUGUUUCACAGGACAUGUCACAUCCCCAUUGUGAUGUUACCUAUGAGAUGCUUCACCAGAUGGAGUGGCAGUUGAAAUUCGAAGGCUAUACCCCCGACACAUCGCAAGUGUUGCUUGAUGGAGAUGAAGAAGAGAAGAGACAGCGAUUAAGUCGGCAUAGUCAGAAGCUGGCAAUUGCCUUCGCCCUGAUACAUACAUCUCAGGGAUCUCCUAUAAGGAUAGCAAGAAACAUCAGAAUGUGUAGUGAUUGUCACACUUACACGAAAUUAAUUUCAAUGAUCUAUGAAAGAAAGAUAACUGUUAGGGAGCGAAAUCAGUUCCACCAUUUUAAAGAUGGAACUUGCUCUUGUAGGGACUACUGGUGAAUGUAAAAAUUUUCUUCCCAUCCUUCUUGCUUUGUAUAAAAUUUAUUCAAAAAAUUAAUCGAUAUGACCAUUCAUCUUAAAUUGUGUGGUGUU